AAUUAUCAAAUCUUUGUCUAUACUCUAUAUGUCCCUCUCUUUAUAUGGUGAUCAAAUGAUUAAUUAUCAUGACAAGUAUAAAUAGGGGGAAACACCUCUAACACAAAGCACAGCUUUUGCUAAUUAUUAAUUUACUUAGAAACAAAUCACAGAUUUUGAAUCAUCAUCACUAUGUCCAUUAUUCCAUUAUCCAUUGUUGCACCUAAUGCCACAACCAUCAAACAGAAUGGUACUUCCCAACAACAGAAAUCUCAGCUCCCUAACCCCUUUAAGCUUGAUGAAUUUGGUAUCAUUGACAAAGUUUAUCUCACUCAUGUCAAUGAUGAUGAGAAAUAUGAUAAGGAGAUACUUUUGAAACUUGUCGCGGACAUCCUCUCUGCCUCAGCUCAAAUUUCUGGAACUAAUUCUGUCGUUAAUACACAGGUUUCUUUCAAACCAGACUUCCCUGCCCUGAAGAGGAUUUCUUGUCAGAUGAUAAUGACACGUGGCACAACGGAAUGUGCACACCAAACAACAAUGUCGAUUCUUCAACACCUCAGACAUUUCUCAUGGGAUGCAAAAGCAUUGAUAGCUGUAGCUGCAUUCUCUUUGGAGUAUGGUGAAUUUAUGCACCUUCAUAGGGUUCAAUCAUCGGACACACUUGGAAACUCAUUGAAGCAACUUAACCAAGUUCAAUCCAGAAAGGUCCCUUCUGAUAUAACUAAUCUUGUUCCGUUUUUACUGCAAGUGUUGCAGCACAUUAGUCGGUGGGCAACAUGGUCUGCUAUGGGUUAUGAUUUAGAAGAAGUUAAUUCUUUGUCUGAUGCAUUGCAAGAGAUUCCUUUUGCUGUGUAUUGGAUUAUUGCUACUAUUGUUGCUUCUACGGGUAACCUCGUUGGUAUAUCGGAGCAUAAAUUAUCAGAUUAUAGAGAAAAGCUUUCUACCGUGGAUACGAAGUUGAACUAUCAUUUGGAAAAGUGCAAAUUGCAAACUGAUAGUAUAGAAGAAAAUCAUAGGCGUUUGAAAUCUUCUGAUAAUAUUAAAGGUGUUGUUGGUUUCUUGAAGCUUCUGAUUGAAGGCAGUGGAUCUGCAAAACCGCAGAUAUAUAAAGGCAGCACCGAAGUUAAACAGGGUAUUGAGGUCUUCAAUCAGAACUAUGUGUUGCUGUUCAUUUCUGGCCUAGAAAGCAUUGGAGAUGAAAUCCUGCUGUUAAAUUCAAUCUAUAACAGAUUGCAGGACAAACCACAAGAAGUGAAAGGUUUCAAGACAGAUGACUUCAAGAUUUUGUGGAUCCCCAUUGUGGAUGAGUGGGACGAAAAUCGCAAGAAUAAAUUCAAAAAAUUGAAAGAAAGCGUGAAAUGGUAUGUGUUGCAAUACUUCUCAGAGCUACCAGGGCGUGCGAUAAUAAAGAAAAAAUUGAAUUAUGAUUUGGAUAGCCAGCCUAUUUUUUCGGUGAUCAACCCUCAAGGUGUGAUAAUCAAUGAAAAUGCAAGGAAAAUUAUCUUUCAAUGGGGAUUCGAUGCUUUUCCUUUUAGGGAAAGUGAUGGCGAUGAUCUUUUUAAGAAAUGGGCUUGGUUUUGGAAUUUAAUGAAGAAAGUAGACAUCAACAUAGAGGACAUGAAUAAGGAUAGUUACAUAUUCAUCUAUGGAGGAAAGGACACAAAAUGGAUUCAAGAUUUCACAAGAGCAAUUGGAAGCAUUAAAAAACAUCAAAACAUCAAGGAUGUCGACAUUACCAUAGAUUACCACGAAUUAGGAAAACAAAACCCGAAAAACAUUCCUUACUUUUGGAUGGGCAUAGACGGAAGAAAACAGAACAAAAUUUGUCAAGACAAAAUUGACUGUGAAAUACAAGAAGCAGUAAAAAGCUUGCUCUGCCUCAAACAAGAUCCAUUAGGAUGGGUACUUCUAAGUAAAGGGCAUCAUGUUACACUUUUGGGUCAUGGUCAACCUAUGCAUCAAACUGUGGCUGAUUUUGAGAAAUGGAAAAACAAUGUGGUUGAGAAAGAAAGCUUUGACAUAGCUUUUAAAGAUUAUUAUGAUACUAAGUUUAAAGAGCUAACUUCUAGUGGUUCUUGUGCUUUUGAUUCUUCGAAUGUUCUUGCUACUAUUACUUGUCCAAAUCCUACUUGUGGCCGUGCGAUGGAGGUGAGUUCUGUUAAUUACAAGUGCUGCCAUCGCGAUGAUCCAAAUAGUUGCUGCAUUUGAUUUAUUUGGAGGAAGCAUGAAGGAUUUAUCUAUCUUCUAUAGUUUGCUUUGCUUUAUAAGUAUCAAAGUAUGAAGUUUCAAUUUAAGUUAAGUGUGUUUUGGUUCAGACGAGUUUAUGUUGUGUGUUAUAGCCACUUUGUUCCUCUUGUUGUAAGGGUUGAAACUAAAUAAUGGCUUCAAUUCGUCUGUAUGUUAUUGAAUUUUUGUUAUUUAAUAAAAUUAGUUAUACUUACAUGCA